AAACAAGAAUACAACUGCCAAAGCUGACGUUGUUGUCGAAAACAAGAACAAUUCAAACGAAAGAAAUGAGCGCAACAACCGAGAUUCCACCGAUUCUUAUCAACUAAGUCGCCGACAUCCGGCAAGCACGUCUUCUUCGCUGAAGCAACCAACAUCAAUAUGCGAGAUCGAUCUGGAAUUUGAUAAAGAUGCUAUUCAUGAAGCUGAAAGCACUACUGGUGUAUAUUACAACAACUCGGUCGCUUUGCAGAGGCCUAAAGUUUCUAUUGACGGUCUUGUUGAAUACGUUGAUUCAUUAACACAGGAUGAUAUGAAAGUUGCAUUUGAGAAAUUUCCCCAAGGGCUUAUUAAGCCGUACGUUCACUCCCAAAGAAGUGGCAACUUGCAAAGAAACAGAUACAAGGGCAUUUAUCCAUAUGACGAUUGCAGAGUAAAGAUUCGGGAUGAAGAUACGGAUUACAUCAAUGCAAGUUUUAUUGAUGGAUAUAAAAAGAUGAAAGAGUACAUCGCGACCUUAGGACCAAUGUCGCAGCAACUAGGUGGUGAAUUCGAACCUUUCUGGCGGAUGGUUUGGCAACAGAAGGUUGAGAAGAUUGUCAUGGUCACAAACCUGAUUGAAAAUGGGACGGGUAAAUGUGAACAGUAUUGGCCAAACCUUGGUACUAACAAGAUGUAUGGCGAGUUUAGAAUUACGUGUCAUUCGGAGGACAUGUAUGCCGAGUUUACAAGAAGAGCCCUUACAAUUGUAAAGUCACCCGAAGAAAGGUCCAUCUACCAACUGCACUUCACAUGUUGGCCAGACAAAGGCAUUCCUGAUGAUGUCACAGCAAUCAUUGAAUUCAGACAAAGAGUACUGAAUACGCCUACAACGUAUAAAGGACCUACAGUGGUCCACUGCAGUGCUGGUGUGGGACGAACGGGCACAUACAUCGCUCUGGACAUCCUGACGAAGGAGGGUGAAACUGAAGGAGCGGUUGAUAUCCCUGGAUGUGUGGUCAACAUGCGACAGAACAGGCCGAACAUGAUACAGACUAUGGAGCAGUAUCAAUACCUCCACAAGGCUGUUGUGUAUUCCCUGACUUUCAAUUGCACACCGAUCAAGGCAGAACAAUUUCAGCAAUACAUGAAGACAACAAGAAGAGCUGACUUAAACAGGCAAUUUCAGCAACUUCAGCACACCGUUGAACAGCGAUCGAAACAGGAAGCAAACGCAGUCAAAAGAAAUAAAGAAAACCUGGCUAAAAAUCGGGCCAAUGCAGACAUACCAGGUGAUGAAAACCGACCACGACUCUACCUUGGGUUGGAAAGUGGAGCGUCUGAUUACAUCAAUGCUGUGUACAUACAUGGUUUCAAAGAAAAACGCCGAUUUCUUGUUGCACAGACCCCUUUGCCAGAGACCGUUAAUGCCUUCCUGACAUUGGUUGUCCAAGAAAACUGCUCAUGUAUUGUCAGUUUUGAGCCAGACAUGGACAAACAAAGGAAUGUUGGACUAUACUACCCGGCGGAAAACAUGCAGGUGUUAAAGAAGGGGUCAUUUGAAGUCAGCUCUUCACGUGAAACAAGGAAACCACACUAUGCAAUGAGAAACCUUAAGAUACGACAUACGAAAGAGACAGGGCGCUUUUCUGAGAAAUCUCUGUCGCAUAUGCAGUUCACCGAGUGGGAUGAAAUUAAGAACGUCCCUCUUUCUGUUGAAAACUUUCUCACCUUCCUGAAUGACGUGGAGGAAACAGCAAACAAACAGAAAGAUGGACCGAUACUUCUACAUUGUUUUGACGGAGCAGGCCGAACGGGUUUAUUCUGCGUGGUGUCAAUGCUGCUGAGGAAAAUGGCCAUAGAACACGAAGUUAGUGUUCUCAAUGCUGUUAGGAAAGUCAAGACCAUGCGACGACUUGCGAUUCCGAAUUUGGAUCAAUUCAUAUUCUGUCACGAGAGCGUCAUGGAAUACUUGCGAGCAUUUGACAAGGAUGUGUAUGCUAACUUCGCUGGUUCAAAUGAAUAGAGACGAUAAAUAAGGAACUUGGAUAAUAAAAACAUAUAGAUUUGGAACGCUAGUUUCAAACAAAAAGACGCUGUUGCAGAUCUCAUUUUUAUUUCUGAUUUGUUUUGUGUUCUCAGUAUAUUUUACACUUAAUGCUUUUAACUAAAACACAAUAUUUCUUCAUAAAAUACUGAGGUACCGAAAAGCGCAUAUAUUUGUUAUAACAUUGUAAGUGAUUAAUUAUGUUGCUUUUUUUUUUAAAUUUCUAUCAUUUUGUAGUAGAUACAGAUUUUAAUAAUUAGUAUAAGAAAAGUUAUCAACAAAACUCUCGCAACGCUCUAACUUUAAUCCAUGUUUGAUCAAUUCAUUGAUGUGAUAACUUGUCUUUAUUUUACCUUUUUGCAUUACAUAUGAUGUAUUUCCAUCUUUAUUUGCUUAAGCAGUAAAUACUGUUCCAUGCGGUGUAAACUACUUAAGUGACAAAACUCAAAAGUAGCAUCAACAAAAAUAAUAAGGGGGUAACUUAUUGGGCUGUUGAAAUAUUGAGUCAGAAAAGCAUGACUGUUGAAGAAAGUCUAUUGAGAAUAUUGCUACAGAGAACACCAUUGGGUUAUUAGUUUGCCGGAAAUGUAUGUAAAAGUAUAAAUGAAAUCUGAUUGUGAGAAAAAUGUUGUUUUAAUUACAAAACCUUAAUUGUGUUGAGAGUAUUUGACCGAAGGAUUAUUAAAUCACACCAGAGAUAAGGCGAAUUGCCUGUUAAGGCAACCAAAGAGGAUGCAAGAAACGACAACCUCUGCUGGCAGCCCUCCAGAAUUUUGGAUAAAGGGUUUUGUGACAGAUUGACGAAUACCACAUGAAGCUGUUUGAUAAUCAAAACGAUUUGGAUAUGAAAGUCAGCUGUACGUCAAAGUGUAGCCAACUGUUGAUUUGUAAUUGAAUGAAAUAGGCAAUAUUACUAUGUAAUUCGUGUCUUCUUUGUUGGGAACUACGGCAGGAGAAAAGAAAAUACUUAUUUAUACUCUAAUGGCUUUCUUAAUAAUUAUGCAUUUAUAGUGUGUUAAAAAGUAUAUUAAUGUUUUAAACAAUUGUAAAUAAAUACUUAAACAAUCA